AAGUGAGAAAUCAAAAGAUGAAGAUUUCAUGGUUUUUGUUCAUUUGUUUGAUUGUUCAAUUCGCCAUCGCACUUUCUGAAAACCCCAAACGGAUUUACACACAAGUGCUAUUUCGUCAUGGAGCCCGUGCCCCAUCAAAUAGUCUCAGCGAUCCUGCUUAUCUUGCAAACUUUCCAAGAGGUCUAGGAGAAUUGACUGAUAGAGGCUUCGAAAAUUCAUUUCGAUUGGGACGAUUCUUAAAAACUCGAUAUGUAGACUCGAAAUUUGUUGAUGGAAAUUUGAAGCCACGUCAGAUGUAUUGGAGAUCCGUAAACAAAAAUCGAUGUCUAAGCUCAGCGUCAACCGUUGGUGCGGCUAUGUUCGAAGAUCCAUCUAGGCAUUUAUAUGUUCCUGUUCUUACAGAGGAGAUCGGAGAAAAUCUACUAAACUACGACCAAGCUAACUGUCCCCGAGAGUUAGAGCUGAUCAAAGAGAAAUGCCCAGAUUUUGGUGGAAGUUUUCAUCCGUGGACGAUUUACGAGGAAUUCAUUGCCAACUGUCUUAAAUAUACUCACCCAGUUUUCAAGCAAUACCCUUUUCACACCAUUGAAGCUCAUAUCAAUGAGUACAAAAAUGGAAUUCCUCUUCCACCACUCAUCGCUCAACAUAUAAACGAAAUCAUGGGUAUUUAUGUGAAUGUGACCCAGUUUAUCACAGGAACUGGUAAUCAUCAUGACCCGCGAAUGAUGAAGGUCAAAUUUGGAAAUCUUAUGAACACGUUGCUAACGGACAUUAAAAAUAAGAUAUACAUGGAUAAAGAAGAGAAACACAAGAGUGAUGGAAGAGUAUCCAGAAGGGAGAAGUUGGCAGUGUACUCUACGCAAGACUGGAUUCUAAUGGGAGUGCUCGAUUCAUUGAAUGUGUUGGAACAAACUGUUGGACUCGACAAAUAUCCCGAAUACAACUCAAUGAUCAUAUUUGAAACGUGGAAGGAUAAUGGAAAAUAUUUUGUGAAAGUUUUCUAUAAAAAAGAAGAGAUCACUGCCGAGGAUCAUGAGCUAAUAGAUGUCACCAAAUUUGUGAGAAACUGUAAAAGAGAACGAUGUUUGGCACAGGAUUUCCUCGACUGCUGCGAUGAUUAUCGAAACAAAGGUGAAGCUGAGAGUUGUGAAGCAUCUGAUUUAAAGAUUCGAACCACGAGAAGCUCUCCACCUAAUAAUAUUAGAAGAGAUCUUCAUGUAUCGGAAUUCUCUGGUCCAGAAUAAUCAAUUAGUUGAUACUGUUUCUUUCUGUAAAUACAUGCGAAUGAAGUGAAUCGAUUGAUAUUUAUAUUCCAUUUAAAUGAAGGUUCCGCGUG